AUGGCACUAGACGUUGACCAUCCAGGAAUUAGAGCAUGCUCUCCGGAGGCAAACAAGAUGAGAAGAAAAGAGAGAGGAAAUAAUUCCUCUUUUGACAAUAAAAAUCGUAUCUCAUAUUCGAGCUCCAGAGAUAAUGUGAUGCCACCUGCUGGAAAUACAAGGUCACUAUAUUUUUCUAUCACAAAUAUUUUAUCUCCAAACUUCGGUAGGACUGAUCCUGGUCAGUGGAGCCGCUCUGACAAGACCUCAAAAAUAUCCAGACAGAAAUCUCCUGCCGAUAAGGGGUCGGGUAUGCAUCAAGAUAGUCGCACAAAACCUGCAGGUACGCCUUACACUAAAAGCAAACCAAGUAACCUCAGUUCUCGGCAUUUAGCUCAGCCGAACUUCUGGCCAGCGUGGGUUUUCUGCACGAGAUACUCAGAUAGGCCGGCUUCAG